CUUGAAGCUUUCGUCUUCCCCUUUUUCCCUCUCUCGCUUUAAGCUCCAGCACUACCACCAGCCGUCGUCGUCCUCGCCGCUCUGAUGUUGAACAUAUGCGUCGAGCUCUGAUAUGCAUCAGACGCUGGGCGCAGUACGCCUCGCAUACCGUUCUCGUAUCGCUUACCUCGUGAAAUCAGGUAUGAUCGACAACGCAGUUCACGUGUUCGACGAAAUGCGUCACUCAAGCCACCGAGUUUUCUCCUGUGAUUACAACCGUUUCAUCGGUGUUUUGGUCAAAGACUCGAGAUUUGAGCUUGCUGAGGCAUUGUAUAAGGACAUGACUCCAAUGGGUUUCUCUCUUAUACCUUUCACUUACUCGAGGUUUAUCUUGGGUUUAUGUAAAGUUAAAAACUUUGAUCUCAUUGAAGCUCUGAUAAGAGACAUGGAAGCUCUUGGAUACAUACUAGAUAAAUGGGCGUUUAAUAGUUAUUUAGAUUUGUUGUGUAGAGAGAGAAAAGUAGGUUUUGCUGUUCAGACAUUUAUUUGUAUGGUUCGGAGAGGGAGAAAGCCAGAUGUUGUAUCUUAUACUAUACUUAUUAAUGGGUUGUUUAGAGAUGGUAAGGUUACUGAAGCGGUUGAGUUUUGGAAUGUAAUGAUUCGUAGUGGAGUUGAGCCUGAUAAUAAAGCUUGUGAAGCACUUGUUGUUGGGUUGUGUCACGCUCGCAAAGUUGAUUUGGCUUAUGAGUUGGUGGCUGAUGAGAUCAAGAGUGCAAGAGUUAAGCUUAGUGUAGUGGUGUAUAAUGCGUUGAUUAGCGGGUUUUGUAGAGCGGGUAGGAUAGAAAAGGCGGAGGCUUUGAAGUCGUUUAUGAGUAAGAGUGGGUGUGAGCCGGAUCUUGUUACGUACAAUGUGUUGUUGAAUUUUUAUUAUGAUAACAAUAUGGUGAAGAAAGCGGAAGGGGUGAUGGGGGAGAUGGUUAGGAGUGGGAUACAGCCUGAUGUUUAUAGUUAUAACCAGUUGCUUAAGCGGCAUUGCAGGGUUGGUGAUAUAGAUAAGUGUUAUUCCUUCAUGGUUAAAGAGAUGGAACCUAGAGGUUUAUGUGAUGUUGUGUCCUACAGUACUCUAAUUGAAACAUUCUGCAGGGCGUCAAAGACUAGGAAGGCUUACAAGCUCUUUGAGGAGAUGAGACAGAAAGGGAUAGUGACGAAUGUGGUGACCUACACGAGUCUUAUCAAGGCUUUUCUUAGGGAAGGUAACUCUAGUGUUGCAAAGAAGCUUCUUGAUCAGAUGACGGAGUUAGGUCUUUCACCAGAUAGGAUAUUUUACACAACGAUUCUGGACCAUUUGUGUAAAUCUGGAAAUCUUGACAAAGCUUAUGGUGUUUUCAGUGACAUGAUUGAGCAUGGAAUUACACCGGAUGCGGUUUCAUACAAUGCUUUGAUAAGUGGUCUCUGCAGGUCUUGUAGAGUAACUGAAGCAAUGAAAUUGUUUCAGGACAUGCAGAGUAAAGAAUGUUGUCCUGAUGAGUUAACUUUCAAGUUCAUUAUUGGAGGACUCGUACGGGAAAAUAAACUAUCAGCAGCGUAUAAGAUUUGGGAUCAGAUGAUGGAGAAAGGUUUCACCCUUGAUAGAGAUGUGUCUGAUACACUCAUUAAGGCUAGCUGUUCAGUGAAUGCUGAUGCAUAGGCAUAAUAAGGUUAUACACCUUUCAAACUAUCAACCUUGUCAUCUCCUUUGCAAAAAUGCCAUUCUUAGUCAAAGUAUGGUGGCAUGGAGAAACUGUUACACAGCCAUUAAAGCCUCUAUUGAUGCGAUGGUGCUUGGAGAGAAACAAGAAACUUAGUCAGGCUUGAGCUAAUUUCAUUCCUUGUCGACAUUAGUGAAUAUGUGGUUGAGUUAGCUAAUUUCAUUCUUAAAAAUAUUUCAUUCCUCAGAAAAUAUUACACUGACUGAUCAUAUUGGACUGAGAAUAGUAGUUACCUUUUUUAUUUAUCGUCACAUCAAGCUUUGGGAUCUUGAUAUGUUAGAGCUUUAGACAAUCGAUCUGUUCGACCUCCAGAAGCUGCAUCCCAAUGGCUGAAAAUUCAAAAGAACGAAGCCUGUUAUAAGCGCAGAAGGUGAAGAAGAGGAAUACAUAAACAUUCUAAAAACAGAAUGGCGAUUAAUCUUUACCAUAAUGGGGAACCUUUUCCCUCGCAGGAUCAACUUCCC